AAUGUCAUUUUCCGACGUGACGUCUCCGCAAAGCCAGAUUUAAUUUUGUAAACAAUUUCAGAUUUUUCAAAUUUCUACCUGUUUAUCACGCAAAUUUUAUUAUUUUUCACUCAAAACGGUGCAAUUAGUUUCGUUUAUGCAAUGCCGGUAGAUAUAAACCGGCUAACGGACGGUUGGCUGGAGUUGGAGUCCGAUCCCGGCCUGUUCACCCUACUACUGGAGGACUUCGGCGUCAAAGGUGUUCAAGUGGAAGAGAUCUACGAUCUACAAAAAAAUAUCGAGGGUCCUGUGUAUGGGUUUAUAUUUCUUUUUCGAUGGAUCGAGGAACGCCGUGCCCGUCGGAAAAUCGUUGAGACCACUGAAAUCUACGUGAAGGAUGAGGAAGCGGUGAACAAUAUAUUUUUUGCUCAGCAGGUAGUACCGAACAGUUGUGCAACUCAUGCGCUGCUGUCGGUUCUGCUUAACUGUUCCGACAUCGAUCUGGGAAACACCCUCAGUCGACUGAAAGUACACACGAAGGGAAUGUGUCCGGAAAACAAGGGCUGGGCCAUUGGAAACACACCUGAGUUGGCAUGUGCGCACAACUCGCAUGCAAUGCCUCAAGCUAGAAGGCGGAUGGAUCGUAAUUCCGGCGUUAGCACUGGGAGAUUUACCGGAGAAGCAUUUCACUUUGUGAGUUUCGUACCAAUAAACGGUCACCUAUUCGAGCUGGAUGGAUUGAAGCCGUUUCCGAUGGAUCACGGCCCAUGGGGCGAAAAGGAGGCUUGGACUGAUAAAUUUCGUCGAGUGAUGUCCGACCGGUUGGGAAUAUCUACGGGGGAACAGGAUAUUCGUUUUAAUCUCAUGGCCGUUGUUCCGGAUCGCCGUAUUGCCAUCACCCAUAAACUGAAAAUGCUUCGAACCAAUCAAACCAUUGUGUCGGCUGCAUUGGAGAAGCUGUUGAAAAGUAAGAGAACCGAAUGCCGAUCGCAGAUGGACAUCAAAGGUGCGGUAGACAAAAUUAAGAAAGAGGAAGAAUCUCCUGUAAAACUAAGUUCGGAAUAUUCUCAACUACUUGAAAUGAAUGAGAAGGAUGAUUCAUCUGUACCUAUGUCGAAAGAGCUCGAGUCUCUCGUGUCGCUAAACAGCUCAUCUGAUUCUGUUGAAAUUAUUGGCGAAACAGAAAUUAAGAAGGAAAACCCUCCACCAUCGCCACCACCUUCAUUCAUUGGAGCAGGUACAUUUUCACCAAAGGACCUGCUCUCGCUACUGAAGAACCUGGAGUCGGAAAUUAACAUAACCGAACAGCAUCUCUGCGAUGAGAACGAGAAACGAGCCAUGUUUAAAGUGGAUGACUGUCGGCGAACCCACAACUAUGACGAAUUCAUUUGCACCUUUCUCUCGAUGCUGGCCCAUCAGGGAGAAAUGGGGGAUCUCGUUUCGCAGCAUUUGAUAACCAGUCGCAAGCCAAGCAUGAGCGGUGUUCAGAAUAGCGGUUCCCGGGGAGUUGUGCGCAGCUACAACAAGAAGACCACUACCAACGGAUCCUCGCCGAAGACUCCAAGUUCUAAGCGACGGCGUGGCCGUACCAAGCACCGAAAGAGGAAAUAGAUGCGCUGUCAAUGCGUGACGAAUAAUGAGACUGGAAGACUGCUUUCUCUUCGUAGUUAGUGGAGAGAGGGUCCAGCAUUUUUUUUUUCUUAGCAGGUAUUUUAUUUCAACUUCAUUAGCAAUGAUCACAACCUACCUACAUUAAAAAAAAUAAAAUCGGCUUUGCUGGGGUACAGCUUUCAGCAAUUAAUGAUGAUAACAAA